UCAUUUUACUUCUCUAUGCAGAUUUAUUAAAACAACGUCAUUUUCUUGCAUUAAUUAUAAAGAUUUUUAAAGAAGAUUAUGGAGAACACUAGCAGGGAGAAUGUAAAUGGGCUGAAAUCUAAUUCUGUAAACAAAGAAAAUGAAAAUUUUAGGUUCUACUCCUGGAUAAUUAAUGAAAAAUCAGAUUUAGAUAAUUCAGAGUUGUUUCAGAACAAGUCUGCUACCUGGAACCAUGAAUAAAGCCAAUUCUUCAGUGGUGUCUGAGUUUGUACUGUUGGGACUCUGUAGUUCUCAAAAACUCCAGCUUUUCUAUUUUAUCUUCUUCUCUGUGUUGUAUAUGGUCAUUGUGCUGGGAAAUCUUCUCAUUAUCCUCACAGUGACUUCUGAUACCAGCCUGCACUCCCCUAUGUACUUUCUUCUGGGAAACCUUUCCUUUGUUGACAUCUGUCAGGCAUCUUUUGCUACCCCUAAGAUGAUUGCAGAUUUUCUGAGUGAACACAAGACCAUAUCCUUCAGUGGCUGCAUAGCCCAAAUUUUCUUCAUUCACCUUUUCACAGGAGGAGAGAUGGUGCUACUUGUUUCGAUGGCCUAUGACAGGUAUGUAGCCAUAUGCAAACCCUUAUACUAUGUGGUCAUCAUGAGCCGAAGAACAUGCACUGUCUUGGUAAUGAUCUCCUGGGCUGUGGGCUUGGUGCACACAUUAAGCCAGUUAUCAUUUACUAUGAACUUGCCUUUUUGUGGACCUAAUGUAGUAGACAGCUUUUUUUGUGAUCUUCCUCGAGUGACCAAACUUGCCUGCCUGGACUCUUACAUCAUUGAAAUACUAAUUGUGGUCAAUAGUGGAAUUCUUUCCUUAAGCACUUUCUCUCUCUUGAUCAGCUCUUACAUCAUUAUUCUUGUCACAGUUUGGCUCAAGUCUUCAGCUGCAAUGGUGAAGGCAUUUUCUACGCUGGCUGCCCAUAUUGCAGUAGUAAUAUUAUUCUUUGGACCUUGCAUCUUCAUCUAUGUCUGGCCCUUUACCAUCUAUCCUGUAGAUAAAUUUCUUGCCAUAUUUUAUACUGUUUUCACCCCCAUAUUAAACCCUGUGAUUUAUACACUAAGGAAUAGAGAUAUGAAGGCUGCCAUAAGGAAAAUUGUGAACCAUUACCUGAGGCCAAGGAGAAUUUCUGAAAUGUUACUAGUAGUGAGAAUUUAUCUUCAUUAAGACAAAAAUCCUUCAAAUUCCUCAAGUCAGUAUCCUGUCUAAUAUUUCAGUGUAUUUUUGUGGUGAGUCUCAAUUGUGAGAAAAGUAAUGAAGAAAAUAAUGUAGAGAAUAUUUAACAGAUAUUAACAAAUCUUUUUCCAGGUAUCAAGCAAAAGUUAAAUAUCAAAAACAUGGAAAAAUCAUUCUUUAGAUUACUGCUUCUAGAAAUAAAAUAUGGGCACUAGAUGGAUAUUAUGCAUGCAUUUACUGCUUUUGUUACAGGUAAAUGUAAAUAUGAUGAAAAAAAGCAAUGAGAACCUAAUUUCUUGGUGGGCAUACAUUCAAACAUUUUUUAGGUUCUACAUGUUUUCUUAAUGGCAUGCCAUUAAGACAUCUAUAUGGAUAUCUAUCUAUAUGGAUGACGUCUAUAUGCAUAAAUACUAUUUAAGAAUCUGAAACUGAAUUUUCCCAGCUUAAGGGAAUAAGGUAUCUACUGAGGUUAUCAGGUUAUGAGACUCCUUCCCCAACAUUGAUUAUGCCCAUUCCAUAUAGUUUUCAAAUGCUAACAAUGCUUUAAAAUAUGGAAUGAUACAUACUCAGAAGCUUCCAUUUAAAAUUUCUCAUUUAAAGGGCUGUUCCUGAUUGGCUAGACAAUUCCAAUUUCCUUUUAGAUCAUGAGUUGGAGAAAAAAGAGGAGAAUCUAGAAAGCUGAACUAUUUCAACACCAAGAUUUUUAUUUGUGCUUCUUCUCUUCUUGUUCCUAUAGCACAGCUGCCAGUGUCUUAAGUUCAGGCAUCCAGUGAUACUCACCCUGCAGCAAGUUUUAUUGCCAGCUUUGGCCUUAAAUUCUCUGAUCCCCAUUUUCAGUUCACCUUCUGUGUAUCAGUUCUGGUCCAGAGCAACCUAGAGAACCUCUCUCCAUCUAGGGGACCUCAUCCAUGUCCUCUCCAAAGCGUUCUGAAACUCAACCUUGGGCAGGGCAUCACGCUUUCACGUUUAUUUUUUCCUUGGUUUCUCUCCUUUUGGCCUAAGGUAUUGUUUUUUUUUUUUUCAAAGUAAACUAAAGACUAUUCGGAUUCAGAUUUAAUCAGUUUUUAAAUGUACUCUUUUUUUUUAGCGAUUGCUCUAUAUUAUUAUGAAAUAUCAUUAUAUAAAUAGAUUCAUGUAGCCAUGACUACCACAACAAAGACAGACCGCUUCUAUCACUUCAGUGAAACUUUCCUGUGCUGUCUCCCCUAUGAUCUUAACUCCUAGCAACCAAUGAUCUGUUCCUCAUCACUGUUUUAUUUUUUCAUUUUAAGAGUGUUGUGAAAUUUAUUGACUGUUCAAAUGGCCUUUUGUAGUAAUUUUAAAAAAAAUUAAUGUGGUUGGAUUUGUGAAUCAAUUUUGGUAUAGGUAUGUGUCAGAUUUAAGAAAUCCCUCUCUCUGUCAAGAUCAUAAAGACAUUAUUUAGAGUUUCUUCUGUAAAUUAAAACAUAUUUUGCUUUUUAUACUUAAGAAUUUUAUUCCUUUGUAAUUAAUUUUGUAGAUGUUGGGAGAUAGGAAUCUAUUUUUAUAUAUUUGUAAAUAUGUAGACAUCAGACUUGGUAUCAUUUAUUUAAUAGUUCAUUGCUUUUCUCAAUUUUCCAUACUGCCUCUCUUAUAUUUUCAGCUUCAGUGUAUAGAUUUGUUACUAGACUCUGUUCUGUUUCAUUAAUUUAUGUGCUUAGCCCUGGACCCAUAUUACAAUGUUUUAAUUUACUAUAGUUUUAAAAUAAAUUUUAAUGUCUGACA